AUGAGUCUUGCACGACCGGCGAAAUGCCUGUUAUGCAGCUUCUCCCGCGUAGCCACCCCAAGCACGCGAGUGACUCGUCGCCAAUUUCACCCGACCCCUGCGAUUCUGUCGAACCGGAAACCGAAAUUCGCCAAUCUUAAGGCCCCCGAAGCGAAACCCAGAGACUAUGCACCUUACUCGGAAGAGCAGAUGGCCCGCCUGGCGGAGGAGUACUCGGAGGCCCAGAUGAAGGCCAUCGAGGCCGGCGAAGCUGCCAUUGACCCUAAGGACCUGGCCGAACAGUUCCGCCCACGUACCGACCCCCUCAGAUUCAACUACCUAGACGACUUCUCAGUGAUCGAGCCCGGCAUUGACCGUAACCAACGGGCACCCGAGUCGAAUUCGGACUACAAUUUCAAGCUGAAGAGCGAAGAUGAUUUUGUGGAGGACUUUGGCCGCUUCUUCGCGGAGCUGCCUGAAAAUGCCACCGGUGCUGACUUUGUGCGCUUCGGCGAAUCGCUGCGAUUGACCCACGGAAAGGAGGAGAACGAGUUGAACCCGCACAGCGCGCUGGUUCCGGACCUCUUUGGUCCUGGGGAAACUAUCGACGAUCCCCGUGUGGAAGAAAAGAAGAGUGCCGCAGAGAGAGGCGAGAAGGAGCGCUCUCUUGUUGCCGAGGAGCUGACUGAUGCCUUGAAGAGCCUUCUCCUGGCUACCGGAUACACCAACCGCCAGGUCUCCGAACUCCGAACCAAGACCCUUGUUUCGCACAGCGUCGUGAACCAGACCCGUCUCGGUAAGGUUCGCCGUGCUUACCGUCUGUCCAUUGCUGGUAAUGGCAACGGUCUGCUCGGAAUCGGUGAAGCCAAGUCCGACGAGGCUGCCGAUGCCAAGAUCCAAUCGCAGUACCGUGCCAUUCGCAACAUGCAACCGAUCCCCCGUUAUGAGAACCGCACUAUCUUUGGUGAUGUCAAGGGCAAGGUUGGUGCCGUUGAGCUGCAAUUGAUGCACCGCCCCCCAGGUUUCGGUCUCCGUGUUCAAUACCUGAUUUACGAAAUGUGCCGCGCCGCCGGUAUCCAUGAUCUUGCCGCUCGUGUGUCCCGCUCGAGAAACAAGAUGAACGCUGUGAAGGCUGCCUAUGAGGCCCUCAUGAGCCAGCGUGACCCUGAGGAGAUUGCUCGGGCCCGUGGCCGCAAGAUGGUCGAUGUGCGCAAGGUCUACUACGCUGGCAAGGUCUAG